GCAGCAAACCUUAACCUCACUUCACUCUCAUGUCCUAGACAAUGUCUCUUCUUAGUUUUGUUUUACUCUCAAUCUUACUAACAAGAGCAGUUUCAGCUAAUUUUGCUCACAGGAACAACACUUGUAGAUCUUUCUGUGGAAAUCUAACAAUAGACUACCCAUUUGCUACCCGGUCAGGUUGUGGCCACUUUGGCUACCGCGACCUCCUCUUCUGUGUAAACGAUGUCCUCAUGUUUCACAUUACUUCGGGUUCUUACCGUGUCUUGGAGAUUGACUACGCCUUCCAGACACUUACACUCAGCGAUCCAGCCAUGUCAACUUGCAAUAGAAUUUUACGAGAUGGAAAAGGAAACGGUUUUGAAGUGGAAUCAUGGCGAAAACCUUACUUAAAUCCAGCACCAGAUAAUAUUUUCAUGUUACUAGGAUGUCAUGCGCAGUCUCCACUUUUUCAAGGAUUUCCCGAGAAACAUUUACCAUGUCGAAACGUAUCGAGUAUGGGUUGCGAAGCAUAUCAAGCAUGUCCCGGGUGGACUUCAUCUGGUUCUUAUAAAAGUGAGAGAAAUACAAUUUAUGGUUUGAGUCCACCAGACUGUUGCUCAGUUUCAUUUGAAUCAAUUCGAUCUAUAAAUCUUACUAGACUCAGAUGUCAAGGGUACAGCAGUGCUUAUAGUCUUGCCCCUAUACAUGUUUCUAGUACUCCUAAUUCAUGGUCGUACGGGAUACGCGUGAUUUAUUCUGUUCCAGGUGAUUUUUCAUUUUGUCGAUCGUGCGAAGCUACUGGUGGUACUUGUGGUUAUGAUGCUGAUGCUGUUAGAGAUUUGUGCUACUGUGGUAAUUGGAAUUCUACUUCCAACUGUGAUAAAGGUAGUAACAUUAGCUCAGGAGGCAGACAGUUGUUGCCAUCACUGGAUUCUAAAGCAGGGUUAUGGGCUUGCUUAUUAAUAUGGAUGACUAUUUGGCAAGUUUCAACAUAAAGCCUAAGUCAGCAGAUUCUAUACUUGACAUUGUCACUACCAUAGAAUUGUUUGAUUUCUCCUCCACUAGUUUGGUCCGGAGCAGUCAUUUUUGGCUUGAAUUUUCAUUUUUUAUUGUAUUUUUGGGUGAGGGCAGUUGACAAUUGAGUUUUUUCAUAUGUACACAUUAAAAUUUAUGCUUGAGAAGAAAGAAAAAAAUACAAAGAAUUUUGUAGUAGAAUAUUAUGGAAAGAGAAAGAGGCAGAGAAAGAAACGAAUUUCAUUCAUAACAGUUAUCUCCUUUAUGUACAUGGAGAAAGGAAAAAUAAAAG